AUGAAGAAGUUCUCAACCCGCUUCCUCACCCUUCUCCUUGCGCUAUUGUCCAUCGGAGCCUUCAACUUGAAUGCUCUCCUCGACCAUGUGCACUCUGACACAGCCAGCUCCUGGCCGGUGGCGUCUGGCGCACCGCUAUACGCAAAUUCGCGGGCUUCGGCCUUGGAGACACGCUCCAGAAAACCUCGUGUGGGAAUCGUAGUAACGAGCGGCUCGACGGCGAGCAUGAAGAGCAGCACCGCUCCUCUCAAUACAAUCACUUCUGGCGGCGCUCAAUCGAGCGGAUCAGCGUUCGAGACUGCAAACGGGAGAGUGGGCAUGAAGGUGCAGCUCAAACGGCUGGAACGUAAUCAAGACAGCAACCCAUUGAUGCUCUACCAACGACACAUCAACCGAGCCAACUCCAAGCUCGCUUCGAUCCUCGGUCGGACCGCCCCCACGUCCGAAGAGAUGCAACAGGCGCUCGAACGACGCAAGGUCAGCAUCCUCACACGUCGCGGUCUGCUCUCCGACGAGUCAGAGCUCGACCGCCGUGCCGGCCGUCACACCAACCCUCGUCAAGGCUACACCACCCAUACCGAGUCCGGUGGUGACAUGCAACGUCGGUUCCUCUCCAACAUUAUGGACGAUCUCUUUGGUCGAACGGGCCUCGAGUCCGGAUCGAAAGCUAAAAUGACCAUCCAGAAAGUUGCCGGACAGGGAUACCCCGACAUCUCCAACGUUGCCUCUCAAUCAGACAAGCUCACCAACGCUUCUGCCCCCACCGCAGUCCAAAGCCUCGGCCUGGACAUCGAAUCCAACGACAUCGGUUACGUAGCGACCAUCGAGAUCGGUUCUCAGAACCAGACGUUCCGGAUGCUGAUCGAUUCGGGUUCUGCCGACACCUGGGUCCCGAGCACGGCAUGCCAAGCCUGCGGCAGCUCGCACACGCAGCUCGGAACCUCCAACUCGGACUCGUUCAAGACCCUCUCCACCCCAUUCUCCAUCCAGUACGGAACAGGCGAUGUGUCGGGAAACCUGGCAACCGACAAUAUCGAGAUCGCUGGUCUUGCUCUCACCAACUACACGUUCGCAGUUUCCACGCAAGAAUCGUCGGACUUCGCAGACGACACUGUUCCCUUCGACGGUCUCAUGGGUCUCGCUAGAAGCGAGCUCUCCAACGCCGGUCAGCCUACACCCAUCGAUGCGCUGUACAAGGAGGGAAAAGUUCAAGCCCCCGUCAUGGGAUACCACCUCGGACGCGUUGCAGACGGCUACAACGACGGCGAGGUCACCUUUGGCGGUGUGGAUCCUGCCAAGUACACCGGAAACAUCACCGAGAUCGACAACGUCUCGACCAAAGGCUUCUGGGAAGCCGCUAUCGACCAAAUCUCCGUCUCGGGCAAUGAUCUCGGUCUAUCCGGCAGGACGGCGAUCUUGGACACGGGUACCACGCUCAUCGUCGCACCCCAAAGCGACGCCGAUGCUCUGCACGCCAAGAUCAAGGGCAGCAAAUCCGACGGACAGGGAGGCUACACCAUCCCCUGCACCACCACGGAUCAGGUCGCAUUGACGUUCGGUGGCACACAGUUCCCCAUCGACACCAGGGAUAUGCUGUUCCUCCCCGUCGAUGCGAACGACUUGACCGGCGACUGCGUUAGUGCCAUCAGCGCCGGCAACGUCGGUCAGAAGAACGAGUGGUUGGUCGGUGCGACCUUCUUGAAGAACGCGUACUUUGCCACCAAUACAAAGGCCAACAAGAUCGGCUUGGCAAAACUCAACUCGACCGACACCUCGGUGGCGACUGCCGGUAAGCAGUAA